AUGCUGACUAAGGCUCUAGCUGAUGAAAAGGAGAAACACAAGGAAGCAAUCAACUGGGAUAGUAUUAGGAACCUGGAAAAACAAUUAUGCAGGGCGACAAUAGAGGAGGAACUUUAUUGGGCUCAGAAGUCUCGUCAAGACUGGCUAAAUACAAAGUAUUUCCAUGCAAAGACGAAACAGCGACAGAAGAGGAAUUUGAUUUCUGGUAUAUAUUAUGCAGGCCUAGGGAGGAAAUGUAACUUACAAGAUGAAUACAUGUCUAACCAGACCAGUAUGGAGAUAAAAGAUGCAGUUUUUUCAAUCCACCCUUCUAUGGCACCAGGUCUGAAUCACACGGUUAUUUCCCUGAUCCCAAAAGAACAAGCUGUGAUAACUAUUAUGGAUUUCAAACCUAUAAGCUUAUGCUCUGUCUACUACAAAAUUAUCUUGAAAAUCCUCACAGCACGACUUCAAAAGAUUAUUUAUCAGCUGGUAAGGGAGUCCCAAAACACAUUCAUCCAUGGAAGAUCCAUCUCAGAUAACAUCCUAUUAGCGCAUGAAAUUCUGCAUUUUGUGAAGCACAAGAAUUAG